UAUGGAUGUAUUAGUGUAUUAAAUCUGUAGAAAAUAAAAUGUGGUUACAAACCAAAACUACAGUAAUACCAGAUUUUGUAAUUACCCAUGUAUUUACUUUUUUUUCCAUGUAUUUACUUUUAUCAAACUCUAUUUUUCCAUAUGGCUUUGAAUUGCUCUUGGGCAUUCUUUUAUUUAACCUUAUAGGACUCGAUUUCUUGCAGGUGGUGUCUAAUGGUCACAAACUCUCCCAGUUUUUGCUUAUCUGGGAAUGCCUUAAUUCCUUCCUCACUUUUGAAGGACAUUAUUGCUAGAUACAAUAUUUCUGAUUACAGCUUUUGUCUUUCAGUACCUUGAACAUAUCUGCCCAUCCUUGCUGGUUUCUGAAGUUUCUGAUUAAAAAAAUCUGCGAGUAUACCCUUAUUGAGGAAUCCUCUAUCUAACAAUUCACUUUUCUUUUGUUGUGUUCAAGAUUCUUUUUUAUCUUUGGCUUUUGGAAGCUUGUUUAUAAUGUCUUGGUGUGGUUCUUUUAAUUCCUCUUUCAUAAAACUUCUUGAAUGUUUACAUUUAUGUUUUACAUCAAAUCUUGGAAGUUUUCAGUCAUUAUUCUUUAAAUAUUCUCUCUUCCCCUUUAUCUCUCACUUACUCUUCUAGGAUUCCAAUAAUGUAUAUUGGUCUAUUUGAUGUUCCACAGGUCUUUUAGGUUCUACUCAUGUUUCUUCAAUGUUUUCCACUUGAGAGUCGAUAAUUUCCAUUGUCUUGUCUUUGAGGUUGGUAAUUCUUUCUUUUUCCUGUUCAAAUCUGUCCUGAGUCCCUCUAGUGAAUUUUUCAUUUCAGUUAUUGUACUUCUCCAUUUCAGGAACUCUGUUUGCUCUUUAUUUAGUUUUUGUGUUUCUUUUUUUGAUAGUAUUGAUUGUGUGCCUGAUUCUACAUCUUCCUUUAGUUGAGCAUCCUUAAAAGAGUUGUUUUAAAGUUUUCAUUUAGUAUAAAUUCCAUUAGUUCCUUUUCAAGACAGUUUGUUGUUUGUUUCUUCCCCCAACACACACCUUGAAUAUGUUUCAUUGUAUGCCUUGUGAUUUUUGUUGUUGAACACUAGGCAUUUGGAUCUAAUAAUGUAGUAAUUCUGGAAAUCAGUGUCCAGAUCUAAUUGAAUUCUUCUUUAAGUUCUGCUAUUUUUUGUUACUUUUUUUCCUCCUCUUUUUGAUUGCUUUUAGACCAUCUCUGUGCUGAAGACCAGCCUGAGGUAUAAUUUAAGGUCUUCUCAGGUCUUAUUUGAGCAUUUCCCUUGGCAUGCAUUGUCAUUUUCUAAUUUUCUUUGUUUAUACUCUUGUUUUUUGUGUCUUGCUUCUGAAAGGGGGAGGAAAAAACCCCAAAACCAAAAAAUGAAUGGGAAUAAAGGGCACAAGCCUUUUAAAUCAUCUGGAAGUCACUUCAGCCAAGAGGGAGGGAUUUGCAACAGGAAACUGAACAAUGGCAAUUUGAGUGGAUUUUGAAAAAUAUCUGAAGGUUAGUGGGCAGCAUCUCCCUUCUGCCUUCUCCCCACUCUUUACAAAAGAAUAAAUGGGAUGUUUGAGAACAGUGCUGUAUUAAAAGAAGAGUGUUGCAAAUGGCUUCAGAAUCUGUGAAUACAAAACAAGCUAGGAAUCACUGCACAAAGGGGAAAAGGCAGCACCAGCAAAUAAAAAACAGGUCUUCAAUUAGUGAUGGUGAUGGAGAAGACUCCUUUAUCUUUGAAGCUAAUGAAGCUUGGAAAGAUUUUCAUGGUUCCCUUCUUCGGUUUUAUGAAAAUGGAGAACUCUGUGAUGUCACACUAAAGGUUGGCUCAAAGCUAAUCUCUUGUCACAAACUAGUAUUGGCUUGUGUUAUCCCUUACUUCAGAGCCAUGUUUCUUUCAGAAAUGGCUGAAGCCAAGCAAACACUGAUUGAGAUCAGAGAUUUUGACGGUGAUGCAAUAGAAGACUUGGUAAAGUUUGUCUAUUCUUCACGGCUCACUUUGACUGUUGAUAAUGUCCAACCUCUCUUAUAUGCAGCCUGUAUUCUACAGGUUGAACUGGUGGCUAGAGCUUGUUGUGAAUACAUGAAGUUACAUUUUCAUCCCUCCAACUGCCUGGCAGUGAGAGCUUUUGCUGAAAGUCACAACCGAAUAGACUUAAUGGACAUGGCGGAUCAGUAUGCCUGUGAGCAUUUUACUGAAGUAGUGGAAUGUGAAGACUUUGUAAGUGUGUCACCCCAACAUCUCCAUAAACUUCUGUCCUCCAGUGACUUAAAUAUUGAGAAUGAAAAGCAGGUCUAUAGUGCGGCCAUCAAGUGGCUUCUUGCCAAUCCACAGCAUCAUUCCAAAUGGUUGGAUGAAACACUUGCACAGGUUCGUUUGCCGCUGCUGCCAGUUGAUUUUCUUAUGGGUGUUGUGGCAAAAGAACAGAUUGUCAAGCAAAAUCUAAAAUGUAGAGAUUUGUUGGAUGAAGCAAGAAAUUACCAUCUUCACUUGAGUAGCAGAGCAGUACCUGACUUUGAAUACUCCAUUCGGACUACCCCAAGGAAGCAUACUGCUGAUUUUAUUUUAUUUGCUCAUGAGAGAUACGGAGCGCAAGAGAGAGGCAGAGACGCAGGCAGAGGAAGAAGCAGACUCCAUGCAGGGAGCCCGACACAGGACGCGGGCCUCGAUCCCGGGUCUCCAGGAUCAUGCCCUGGGCUGCAGGUGGCGCUAAACCGCUGCACCACCGGGGCUGCCCUGCAGAUUUUCAACUACAAAGGAAGUGUGCUGUUUUGUGUAGGUGGUAGAGGUGGAUCUGGUGACCCCUUUCGCAGUAUUGAAUGCUAUUCUAUCAACAAAAACAGUUGGUUUUUUGGGCCAGAAAUGAAUAGUCGAAGGCGACAUGUGGGUGUAAUCUCUGUGGAAGGUAAAGUAUACGCAGUAGGUGGACAUGAUGGAAAUGAACAUUUAGGUAGCAUGGAGAUGUUUGAUCCUCUGACUAAUAAAUGGAUGAUGAAGGCAUCAAUGAACACAAAGAGGCGAGGAAUUGCCUUGGCCUCCUUGGGUGGUCCAAUUUAUGCAAUUGGAGGGUUAGAUGACAACACUUGUUUCAAUGAUGUAGAGAGAUAUGACAUAGAAUCUGAUCAGUGGAGUACAGUGGCACCAAUGAAUACUCCCCGUGGAGGGGUUGGCUCUGUGGCUCUUAUAAACCAUGUUUAUGCAGUAGGUGGCAAUGAUGGAGUAGCUUCUUUGUCUAGUGUGGAGAGGUAUGAUCCACAUCUGGAUAAGUGGAUAGAAGUUAAAGAAAUGGGUCAACGAAGAGCAGGCAAUGGAGUUAGUGAGCUCCAUGGUUGCUUAUAUGUUGUUGGUGGUUUUGAUGAUAAUUCUCCUCUAAGUUCAGUUGAGCGGUAUGAUCCUCGAAGCAACAAGUGGGAUUAUGUAGCAGCACUUACCACUCCAAGGGGUGGAGUGGGGAUUGCAACAGUGAUGGGCAAAAUCUUUGCAGUUGGUGGGCAUAAUGGCAAUGCAUACUUAAAUACAGUGGAAGCAUUUGAUCCAGUCCUGAAUAGGUGGGAGUUGGUUGGAUCUGUGUCUCACUGCAGAGCUGGAGCAGGCGUAGCUGUGUGUGCCUGUUUAACUAGCCAAAUUCGAGAUGUAGGUCAUGGAUCCAAUAAUGUGGUUGAUUGUAUGUGAUUUGAGUUCCAGCCACCAACAAUUUAGUUAUAUUUGAUAUGCGAGAAAGACAACCAGGAUUUUGUGUUACCACCUUUGAACAGUUUUCACUACCACUAGAGUCUUAUUUUAAAUGGAAACUGUUGCAUUGUGACUAAAUGCAACAUUUAGACAGUAGCUGAAGAUUUAUUAGUAAAAAAAGUAAAUUUAAUACUUCCCACUUUAGCAAAUAAUGGGAUAGGGAAGAAAAACAAUCUAACUUGAAACCAUACCUCCUCUGAAAAAUUUUUAAAGUAGUAUCAAAAUCUUGAAAUCCCUCUUUAAAGCAUUUUGGAUAAAUCAAUAUGUAAAAUGGAAAUGAUUUUUACCAUUUUACUGAGUUUUACCUUUUCUUUUAUCCAGAAGUGUUAACUGUAGGCAGUGGACUUUUCCUUGAGGGGAGAUUAGAACCUAUUCAUCAACACAUAAAAGACCUGCUCAUUUUGAAGAUCAUUUCUCUUUGGUGCUGAUGAAUUUAUGCCUUGCUUUUUUCUAGAUGUUGGCUUCUCAAUUUCUUGGAUCUUUAUAGAAGUAGAAAAAAUGUUUAGUCUUUCUCAGUGCCGUUAGCUGAAUAUUCAAAAGCUUUAUAGGAGUGCUGUAAGGAGCCCUUGAUUUCAGUUUGACAUAUUUAGGGCACCAAAUACCUACCUGAGCUAAUUCCAUCUGAAUGAAUUUAUACUGUUAUUUUUAAAUUUCAUGUAAAAAGGAUUUGUUUCAUAUUAGCAAAAUUUGAAACAGAAGAAAUAUUAGAGGAAAAGGCUUUAGAGUUGGUAUUAUUCUAGUGCCCAGUUGAGAGACCUUCAGAUAAAAUGAUGCCCAUUCCAUGACUCCUUGAGAGGAAUCUGAAAAUAUUUCUCUCUUUGGUUUAAUCAUUUGGCUUUGAGCCCAGGAUUAUUAUCUUUCCAUUUUGUUCUUUUCCUCAUCCUGGUUUUUAAAAAAACUGGAAUUUGGACGUAUUUAUUAUCAGAAAAUGAAUGCAUUUUUACAAAAAUUCUUUAUAGAUUAUGGUUUACUAAUUAGUUCAAGUCCAUUAUUACCAAUAAAAUAUAUUGUUAAAAAGAUUGAAACUGUUUUUCUGUUUAAUCACCUUCAGUAUAUUUAUUGAACUUCAAUUAAAAAUAUUUCAAUGCAUUAUUUGAAGCCAGUAUUGAUUAACCUACUGAUUUAAUAGCUUUCUUCCUAGUUUUAACCAGUAAUGUAAAGUGGCCUAUUCAUUAUAUGUAAAUAUUUGUAAAACUAUUUAUGAAGAAUAUUAAAAUAUUCUGUUUUCUAUUUUCAAUGCACUUUGGUACCUCUCUUCCAGGCCUCCCUGAAUUUUCCUGUCAUCAUGCUUCAGAAUUUAGUAUAGUUCUUUGCUGGUUGACAGGAAAGCUGGGCAAUGAGGAACGUUAACCCCAUCCAUCCAGCUCUGAAAUUCAUUGCCUAGUAACUCUGAUGGCCCUCAUUAAAAGGCAGCCUGGGCUUAUUAGUAUAAUAGGGUAGAAAGCCACAUUACAAAACCCAGUGUCUACUGGAUAUAUUAGACCAGAAAAAGAAAAAAAUUUGUAAGAGGAUCUCAGGCUCACAGAUAAAGGUCUUCCAUGAGGUAGAUUUAAAAGUUCCCCAAUUCCGCCAUUUUUUGCUAUCAGCCGGUAGGCAAGUUCAUAAGUCUUUGCUGGAUCUGAAUCAGUGUUUUCUUGUAUAACUAAAACCAUAUUUCAGUCAGUCCCCAAAGCAUUUAACUCUAGCAUUCACUGGACUGGUUAUAACCAGCUGGAUGUGGAGUAUAAAUCUCCACACCUGGCUUCAACAGUCUAUUUCUUAUGUGUAAUGGAAUUCUUGUGUUAUAAUGCUUGUCUGGCUAUGGUUACUAGUAUGUUUGUUAUAUUUAUUUUGUGAGAGAGAGGAUCAUGAUCUCAUUGUUCCUAAGAUUAUUUAAAAUGGUUUUUUUCUUUAACAUAUUUCUGCCUUUGUCAUGUGUGCAGAGUUUAGGAGCAAAAGGGUGUUAAAUUUCUAUUUCUGGUCUUACUAUACUGUAGUCAUGUAACAUACUAAAUUGCUACCCUAGCUAUCAAUAAAAUAGGAACUAUUCAUAAGGGAAGUAAAGAAAACAUGUGGCUGUCGGUUAUAUUAUGUGUUGAUAGACCAUUAGAAGCAUAGUCUUGAAGGUCUUGACAAUGGUAUGAAAAGAUAAAUAGUGGGAUCAAUAUAUACAGUUUAUUAAAAACAUUCUUUGAGAUAUAAAAUGAGAAUCAGGCUGAAGGACUCAUGCAACUGAAAGAUGAUUAUAUUCAUAGGAAUAAAGAGAUGACAGUAUUAAAAUAAUAUGGCUACUUAAUUGUGAAGCCUUCAUUUCUACUCAGAUGUUAAUAAGAAUACCAAAAAAGUGAUAGAAAAUUGAGUUAAAAUUUUGAAAUGGUAAGCAGAAAAACAGAAAAAGUGAAAAUUUGCAUAUUAUUAUUUCUUCAAGAAGUAUUGUAGGUGCUUUUGUGUGAAUCUUCCAUAAAAUCACUAAAGCCACUGCUUUCCUAUAUUGUACUAUCACUUUAAAAACAAAUUACUUGAUAUUGUUUUUGAUUAAUUUCACUGUACUC